CCUUUUUUACAUGUCGCAUUGUCCCUAUCCCAAUACAUUAUUUUGACAUAAAUGUCCCUCAAAACAAAAAAAUUAUUUGCAUUACGGUUCUUAUAUGUCGGCCAGGAGUCAGAAGAACAGUUUACGAACCUAGAAAAUAAAAGCAAAGAGUUUAGACGCAUGAUCAUAUGGUGAUCACGAAACAUGGAAUGAUCUCUUCAACCUUUAAACGUACCCCGUUUCUCACAUUGGACAAAACGUUAUCGGCAGUACAUGACUAUAUUUCUCAUCCAAACUCCAAUACUCUGUCUUCUGCUUUGCAGCACUACAUUGAUUCAGAUAAUCCAUAUCACGGCCGAAAGAUUCAUGCCCAUGUUAUCAAAACUGGGUACGAGCCCAAUACCAAUAUCUCUAUCAAACUUCUCAUACUUCACUUAAAAUGUGGUUGUUUGACAUAUGCACGUCAAAUGUUUGAUGAAAUGCCUCACAGAACUCUCUCUGCUUAUAAUUACAUUAUUGGUGGGUAUCUUAGGCAAGGACAAGUGGAGGAAUCGCUUAGUUUGGUUCGCAGACUGGUUCUUUCUGGUGAAAAUCCUGAUGGAUAUACAUUCUCGAUGAUAUUGAAGGCAUCCACUUCUGCUAGUUAUGUUCCAUACCGGAGUAGUCUAGGAAAAAUUGUUCAUGCCCAGAUAAUAAAAUCUGAUGUUGGUUCAGAUAAUGUUCUUUACACGGCACUUGUGGCCUCUUAUGUUAAGAGCGGGAAAAUUGGUUAUGCAAGGGCUAUAUUUGAACUAAUGUUGGAAAGAAAUGUUGUAUGCUCAACAUCAUUGAUAACAGGGUACAUGAAUCAAGGCGAUUUUGAUGAGGCCAAAGAUAUAUUCAGCAAAACGAUUGAUAAAGAUAUAGUGGUGUUUAAUGCAAUGAUUGAAGGCUACAGCAAACUGGUUGAACAUGCUUCCAAAUCACUUGAUAUUUAUAUUCAAAUGCAAAGAUUGAAUUUUCGACCUAAUAUUUCUACAUUUGCUAGUGUUAUUGGGGCCUGCUCAAUGCUGACAGCUUUUGAAGUUGCUGAACAAGUACAAAGUCAACUUAUGAAGACUGAAUUUUUCACACAUAUAAAGAUGGGAAGUGCUCUAAUAGACAUGUACUCAAAGUGUGGAAGAAUUGAAGAUGCGCGUAAAGUUUUCGAUCACAUGCCUGAAAAAAAUGUAUUUUCAUGGACUUCCAUGAUUGAUGGUUAUGGAAAGAAUGGAUAUCCAUAUGAUGCUCUAGAGCUCUUUGGUAUAAUGCAAGAACACCAUCAUAUUGACCCUAAUUUUGUGACCUUCCUUGGUGCUCUUUCAGCUUGUUCUCAUGCUGGGCUGGUAGACAAAGGUCUGGAGAUCUUUAGAAUCAUGGAAGCAGAAUACUUCCUAAAGCCAAAGAUGGAGCAUUAUGCUUGUGUUGUCGAUCUUUUGGGACGAGCAGGACGUUUGAGUCAAGCUUGGGAGUUUGUAAAGGCAAUGCCUGAGAAACCCAACUCAGAUGUGUGGGCUGCUCUUCUGAGUUCAUCUAGAUUACAUGGUUAUGUAGAGAUGGCCAGCAUAGCUGCCAAUGAACUUUUUAAACUCAAUGCUAAUGAUCGGCCAGGGGCAUAUAUUGCACUGUCUAAUACUCUCGCAGAUGCUGGUAAAUGGGAUAGUGUAAGUGAAAUAAGGGAUAAAAUGAAGGUAAGAGGCGUAUCUAAAGAUACUGGAUGCAGUUGGGUUGCUGCUGAAUUUAGUUUGUAACAUAUAUGCAAAGAAGCGAUUUAUACAAUAUUUUUCAUUCAAUAAA